AUGGCACUUCUACGCGAUGAAAAGAAAAACACGUUGGAAGGGCUGUUCGAAAUAUUCAAGGAAAGAAAUAAUGACAGUGUCGAGGGUAUUCAAUGUAUCUUUGUGGUUAAAGACUUUGCACAAAUUGCCGCCCUGGAAAAAUCGUUUCCUGCAGCGCCUGUAUUAUUGCGUGCUUUUCACACCAUGAAAGCUUGGAAGACAAAAAUAGCAACGUAUACGUGCUCGUGUUAUACAAAAUGCAAAUUUGGUUUGCCUUGCCGGCAUAUUCUUUAUUUACGAAAGGUCGGCCAAAUGAGGGAGGCCGGUUUAAAACGUUUAACAAAAAGAACCUGA